AAUUGAUUAGAAUUUGUGCUGUUCAUCAUGCUCGAAAAUGUCGCACAACGCAUGCGCAGUCGGCAAUACACGGAAGCGGUAAUUGGCGCAAAAAUAUGUGAGUGUAUUUCGUCAAUUAGCAAAACGGGUCCAUCUGUCUGAGAGAAAAGGUGAAUCUAAAUCAGGUGUUGUUGGGGAAAAGAAACAGAUCAUAUAGGACAUUUCACUCGUGAUGCAUAAGAAAUGGCUUCUCUCCCAACAAUGAAGAAUAUUUCCAACGUUGAAAGUGCCUUCAAAGCAUCCAAGAAACACAAAAACAAGAAAAUGAAAAAGGAAAAAAAGGACAAGAGCAAAAAGCGUGUGCCUGAUUUUUUGUUGCACGAUGGCUGCCAUGAGGCAGUGCUUACACAAAUGCAAGACAUCAAGAGAAGAAAAAAGCCAAAGAAGAAAAGCAAACCGAAGGAAGACUUUCAGCAACCUAAAUUAAAUAAACAGCUCAAACAACCCAAAGGUAUGCACCAAAUUCGGCCUGUUAUCUACAUCUCCCCUGAUCAGGAGACACCACAUUCAACCGAGAAGGAGUGUUAUAGAAGCGUGAAACGUAAAAAGAGAGUAAUUUUCAACUUGCUACCUGAGCAGAGCAAAGCUGCAAAGACAAAUGAUGAAGAAUUCAUAAAGACAAGCCACAGCAAACGUUUUGUUGGUGAAAGCAGCUUGGAAUCCAGCACAGCUGAAGAAAUGAACAGCCAAGACCUGUUUAUUACACAGAAAUCAUUCUUGGAUCCAUAUGUGGAGAUCUCCAGCACCUCAAGCUGCAGUGAGGCCACUACCGUGAAGGCGCCAGAGAAUCGCUCAUCUAGGUCGACAGCUGAAGCAACCACUCAAACUGAAAACUUCUUUACCUUACCAGCACUCUCCACCUCUCUCAGGUUUCAGCAGCAGAACACAUGCAAAAGCCCAGAAGAACCGGUAGACCUGAGCCUGCCGAACAGAACAAGACAAAUGCACGGCCCAAAACAAUCCGCUGUAGAUUCUGCGAAACCACCCAAGCUGAAGAUAUCAGACACGUCGAGUGAAGACGGCGGCGAUACGGUGCCAAAGGCCAAAGGUGAUCUGCUCCAGCUGAAGGUCAUCCAGACCCGCUUGAACGAGUCUUUCUUUUUUAAGGUGAAGGGCGAAGAUUCACCCAAGCCCAUAUGCCCUUUGAUGAAGCUCACGGAAAGUGUUGAGAAAAAGAUAAAGAAGUAAAAUCAGACAAAGCUAAGAUUCACAAAUUCACAAUGGAAAAAAAGCAGAGUUCUGUGCACAUACAUGAAAAGUCAAAGCUUUGUUAUUUGCGUAAUUUUAUUCUGUAUUUUACAUUGUUCGCUUCAAUGUUUAUUCAAUGUUCUUAAAUAUGAAUCUUCACUGUGUUUACAAGCAAGCAUUGUUCACAACAAUUUGUCCAAUUAAAAUAGUCUGUGGAAAAAAUUAAACUACAGUCUUAA